UCUGCUGAGUAUCUGUGCCCUGCUUGGGUGAAUAACGGGAUUCUGCAUGAGCAAACCAAAGCCCCCGUCAUGGGUGGAGUCCAAGAUCGAUUCUUAUACUCCGCUGGCCCCACCCCCCGCAGUUUCUAUUAGUUCCAUGUUCCAUGCAGCCCUGCUGGAGCGCGGUGGGGCCUGUGCCGGAGGUGGCAGCUGCGAGCUCUGCGGCGGCCCUAGCGCUGCCCCACAACGUUCCUCGCUCUGCUGGGGUUGCACGUUUCGCUUUACGAGAAGCGAGGAUGCUGCUCGCGGGGUGGCGGUCACGUGGUCUUACGUGCGCCAGUGUCUUCCCCGCCCUUAGCUGCAGCCGGGUUCGCAGGCUUGUGCAUCAGGCACGCGCGCGGCUGCCGCUGAGUUCCUCUCAGCCGGGUUUCUCCAUCGGACUACAUCUCCCAGAAACCCUUGCGAUACCAGCACAGCGCAGCCUUCCCUCCCAGCGGGCUGCUCUCGUCCUGCAGCCCAGGGGCGGGCGCUUCCCAAGGAUGCCGUUGCUGGUUAAUGGGGAGCGGAUCGACCUUGCCCGGCCUGCGGGGGACGUGAUCCACAGCUACCCGCACCUGGAGGAGAAAGCAAGAGUUCUAAGAGGCCAACCUGCUCAAAUAGUGGGACCCAAAGGACUUUUAUACAUCCAGCAAAGAGAGUUUGCAGUGACCACCCCUAAAGAUGCUUCUGUUUCCAUUCUUGGGUCUGAUGAUGCAACGACCUGCCACUUGGUGGUGCUCAGACACACAGGGAGUGGGGCUACUUGCUUGACACACUGUGAUGGAUCAGACACCCAAGCUGAGGUGUCGCUGAUUAUGAAUGCAGUAAAAUCUCUCUCUGAUGACACAGAAUGUGGAAGGCUGGAAGUUCAUCUAGUUGGAGGUUUCAAAGAUGAUAGGCAGUUAUCACAAAAACUUACUAAUCAGCUUCUUAGAGCAUUUGAUCUCCUGCAAGAUGAUGUCCAUUUAGUGACUUUCUGUGUGACAGAAUUAAAUGACAGAGAGGAAAAGGAUAAUCAUUUCCCAAUCAUUUAUGGAAUAGCUGUGAAUGUUAAAACAGCAGAGAUUUUCCAUGCAACUUUUCCAGAUAGGGGACCAGAUGAGGAUUUGCGUUCAGCCUGUAUAUUAACAGGAGCAACAAUGACUAAUAUUUAUGAUGCAAAGACAGAACAACUCCACAUUGGACCUUUCUUCUGGAUGCCUUUUCCACAUGUGGAUUUCUGGUUGGAGCAGGAUGAUAAACAGAUAUUACAGAAUCUUUCCACGUCACCUCUGGCUGAACCACCGCACUUUGUUUCCCACAUUCGAUCCACACUGAUGUUUUUAAAAGAACAUCCAUUUCCAGAUCUCUCCCUGUUUCCAAACAGGAAACCUCGACUUUACAAAAAGAGUGAAGAUGGUUUGUGGGAGAGAAUCUGUUUGGAAACAAUGUAAUGUUCAGGCAGGCUCUUACCACACACUCUUUGGGAAAGCAUAGCCUCUCCAAAAGUAUGGCCAUUUGGCUGCAAAGAACAUUGUUCCAAGUCCAUGUUGGUCAAAUCUCCUGCUGUCCCUGAGAUCAGAUUAGCCUUGUUAAAUGCUUUUCAAAGGAAUAUUUUGGCAGAGGUGCAUUUGUUUGCACUUAUACAAGAGAGUGAAUGUUUACUAAAGUCAGUAUUUUCUUGUUUUCAGUUUAUCCUUACAAAUUGUUUCUGCACUCUCUUUUACUUUUGAUGCUAAUUAGAUGUCUAUUAAGGCCUUUGGCAAAAAUCUACCUGGAGAGCGAUUUAUUAUUCACUUGACCUUUCAAGAGUGCUUUUUAGAGUUGGGACUAAAUGUCCUCUUAAGUGCAAGCUCUAAUUUAAAGUAUAACAUGUCUACAAUCUUAUUGCUAAUUGAGUUUUUCAAGAAUGAUUUCUUUUUAAACACCCAAACAUUGUUUUUAAAUAAAUAAUAAACUCCUAAGUGUGGUGAUUAUAAAUGAGAUUUUUCUCUAGUUGAUUGGGAACAUUUCUGUGCUGAAAGGUAUAAUCAUUAACCCUGCAGGAAUAAUUGCCAAGCUGAACCUAAAAAGCAUAAUUGUUAAAUAGGCCAAUGCUUUUUACCACUGCUGUUUGGAAAUAUUGUAUGAUUCACUACAGCUUUCCAGUUCUAAAGAUGUCUACAAUAAAAAGAAUCUUCAUUUACUAAUAAA